CUGGCAGCGCGGUACUUGACUACCGGAGCUCCAGGUUGCGCAUUAUUUCACUUAUCUUUGGACACGAGAACGCACAGAGCCAUGAAGCUCAGCUCAGAGUAAGGAACUAGCCGGGUAUCUCACCAAUCCAGUCGGAGAACUACAUAGGAGGAGGCGGACGUGCGCCUUCAUCCUGAGGACCUUUCUCCAUCCUUUGGUAUAUAAACAUUUCUCAGUCUUCUUGUACUGCGGACUAGUGGAAUGAGCUGCUUUUGUUCCGGUGUUGCUUCCAGUGCAGUAUGGGAACUGCCGUGUCCAAAAGAAAGAAUUUAAGGAACGAUGCCAUUUCUUCCGUCGCCGCAAAAGUUAGAGCAGCCCGAGCAUUUGGAGAGUGCCUGUCGCAAAGCAACCCUGAAAACCGCAACGGAUCAGAUCACCUGCUGUCUGACACCUUUGUUGGCCAAGAUUCUGAAUCCCCAAGCAUUAGCUGCCUGCACAACAAUAACCAUCUGCAGCCGUACUCUAGAACAUCUCCCGUAGCCAAGCACACGCAAGAUCAGCCAGAUCCGGGCCUUGUGCCAGUUCCUGUGUCCACCAGUGCCAAGCGUCGUCUCUCUGUGGAGCGCAGCCUCUCAUCGGAGGAUCAGCCGCAAUCCCAGCAGCCACUACAGAGUUCAGUGAAGCCAGCACGCGUCUAUACCAUCAGUAGGGAAGGUGGCAUGCUGGGGGCCAGGGGUAGCGAGGAGAGCCUGGAGCUCGAGGUCCUAAAGGGCCCCCAGACUCACACCAACCACCAGAGGACAAGCCGGCGCAGUGGUCAUGCCCACCACCAUCACGCUCCAUCAUCUCAGCCACUACAAAGCUCAGGAAGUGCACAUAACAUCCACGAGUGGGGUUCAAGACGCAGCAGUUCGAAAGAGGACUGUCCGAGGCCACCAUGUCACAGCCAGCGUUCACUCGACCUUGAAACGGUGCCAAGAGAUGCCUCUAAGCAGCGCAAGAAACUUGAGAGGAUGUACAGUGAGGAUCGGGUGUCCACUGAGGACCGAGAAGAUCACACCAACAACUGGUUACCCAAAGAGAACAUGUUUAGCUUCCAGACCGCCACCACCACCAUGCAAGCAAUAUCAAACUUCCGGAAGCACCUGAGGAUGGUGGGCAGCAGGAGGAUGAAGGCCCAGUCAUUCGCCGAUCGCAAAGCGAAGAGCUUCAGCCGCUCCUGGAGUGACCCUACACCCGUCAAGCCAGACUCGCUCCACGACUCCAGAGACAGUGGAGAUCUGCAGGCAUCCUCAGGCACUCUGGAUGAGGGGGAGUACGAUGAUGUGGACUGGGAGGAGGAGAAAGAGCUGGAGCGUCUGGCUUGUGAAGGCGAUGACUUCAUUCCUCCUAAAAUCAUGCUGAUUUCAUCCAAGGUUCCCAAGGCAGAGUAUGUGCCCAACAUCAUACGCAGAAAUGACCCAUCCAUCAUCCCUAUCCUCUAUGACCACGAGCAUGCGACUUUUGAUGAUAUACUGGAGGAGAUUGAAAAGAAACUCACCGCCUACAGAAAAGGCUGCAAAAUUUGGAACAUGCUUAUCUUCUGUCAGGGAGGACCAGGACAUCUUUAUCUCCUGAAGAACAAAGUGGCCACAUUUGCUAAAGUGGAGAAGGAGGAGGACAUGAUUCAGUUCUGGAAAAAACUUGCUCGGCUUAUGAGUUUGCUGAAUCCCGAACCAAAUCUCAUCCAUAUUAUGGGCUGUUAUGUGCUGGGCAAUACAAAUGGAGAGAAGCUUGUGCAGAACCUCAAGAGGCUGAUGAGACCAUAUGCUGUGGAGUUUAAGAGUCCUCUGGAACUCUCUGCACAAGGGAAGGAGAUGAUCGAGAUGUAUUUUGACUUCCGUCUGUUCCGGCUGUGGAAAAGCCGGCAGCACUCCAAACUCCUCGACUACGACGACCUCUUGUGACAUCUCGUCCUUUCUCUUUAGAGCGCCCGAGAAAGGCGCGUAGCUCCAUUUAGGGCCCUAUCGUGGCUGUGUUCCCCUCUAGAGCCUCAGUGUAAACGCUCUGAAGCUGGAGGAAGAUGAUGAGGAAGCAUGAAGAUGGCUGUUGGAAUCGUUCGCGCCGACAUGCGGACGAAGGCAGGAGAUUCAGCCAUUGCUGGUGUCAUUUGAUGUCCAGACCUUUUGAACUCACGCCUAGGAAUGAGAAAAAUAACGGAUAAUGCUGAUGGAUGGUAGGUUCGUCUAGAACUUAAUGAUCUGUUUGAACGGAAAUGGAUUUUCUUAUGGGACAUCCCAGGAAAGGAAACUAACAUAGCCACAUUUGUUAUUGAGUAGCUGUGUUGUAAUGAACCAACAGGGACAAUUUUUGGUCUUUGCGAUUCAGUCUUUGUUAGCAACUUAGAAAAUACUUCUAUGUUCUUUAUCAGGUAGAGACAGUAAAAUGUUUUACUAAUCUCACAGGACUCUGUAUAAUACUGUAGUCAAGAAAUUCGUCAUAGUAUUCCUUACUUAUUCAGAGCAUUGAUAUUUUUUGACAUACGGCCUGUUUUUUUUUUUUGGAGGAGAACUCAGGUUUUAUAAAGUAACCUCCCUGACCUUCUUCCAUAGUCAAUAAGAGAACAGGCUGGUAGACAACAAUGAUUCAUAAUUACUGACAGGAGUAAUGGGAGUUGCGGAAAACGAGAGGUCAGACAACAUAUAAUGUAGAAUUUCUUUUGAGUGAGUGUGUGUGUGCACUAGAUUUCCAUAGAGUUAGAAAUUAGAUUUUUAUAGUAGAAGUUUUCAGGCAUCUAAUAUUUGAGUAAUGCUUGCGUAAAAUUUUUGGGUAUUGCUAUGUAUUUGCAGGGCAGAUGCUAGAUUUAAAACCGCCGUCUCCGUCGGAUGUAGGUACGUGCCAGUGACAGAGCAGCAUUUGGUUCAACACAGCAUCACACUUACAAAUUUAAUACAAAUCGGAUGAAUUUAGAAAUUCAUAACAGGAGCAGGUUCACAUGCUGAAAAAAAUGUUACGAUAUUGUUUUUCAAAACAAAAAAUAAAACUAAAAAUUAGCUAUAUUUUGUUUUUUAACUUAUAUUGAAGGUUUUAUUUCAGUGUAAUAACGUUAAUAUUUUUUUUAUAGUAAUAUCAGAUUAAAUCCUUGAAUUGCAAAGAAUUUGGUCCACUGAACGAAUGAGAAAUUGAACUAAAUUUAGAAACCUGAAAAUUCAGUAUGUUUUCAAUAAAUAAAAACCCAAUUAAAAGUUAAACUGUUAAAACGCUGCCAAAUACAAUAGUGUGAAGAUAUUGUGUGAAGUAUGUGUUAAAAAGCUAGGUCAUUUAAAUGAAAAGCAUAUUUCGUAGAGUAGAUGUUAAUAUUAGUUAAAUCUGUUUCAUGUUUCAUGUUUAUUAUUGAGGUGUUCUGAUAAUCUGAAGUUCAUCCUGAGUAGUAUUGUUGUAAAACCUCUCGUACAUACACGUGUGUGUGCAUUCCUACAUGUUCAGAUGUGUACUGCUACUUUGUUAAUGUAGACCUUCAUCUCUAUAACAUUAGAGGGAAGUACCAGAGCUAAUGCUUGUUUAUAACAUAAGGCUAAAAGCUGCUGUUCUUCGCAAUACUUAUUUUAUGAUCAUAAUCAUUAACAAACAAAUGCUGCUGUGAGAGAUUUUAAAUCACGAUUUUAGAUUAAACUUUUAAUCUUGCCAUAAAAUUUGAGGUUUGUCUGUACUCACAUGAGCCUAAAAAUAAGUAAUAAGGUAAAUAAUACAAUACAGUCAGUGCAGUUAUAGGAAAAUAGUCAAUGCCUGUUAUGAAGCA